UAAGAUCCGACUAUGAAUACUGGCCUACGCAUAUUUUUUGAUUGUCGGGAUUGCGUACGCGUUGUCCCUGUUUUUCUUUUAUCUUUAUACUGGAAAACCUUUAUACUGGAAAAUAGCGUAUGGAUAAAGCUGAAUGCAGUCCGGAGCCAUAUAUUGAACUGAACUGACUGAACUGUGUUAUUCGCGUGUUUAUAAACACGUGUAUUUACAUUUAUCGAAGACAAAAAAUAAAAUAAAAGAAAGUAAACACGUGCAUAUGCGAUAAAUUCUUAUAAUAUAAAAAGGACACAAAAAAUAUUUUAAAAUGAGUGAAAAAAUACUCAAGAUAGAAUGUGAUGAGAAUAAAACAGAGGAAAGUAUUAAUGUUUCAGAAAUGAGUUACGAAGAGAAGUUACAGUUAGUGAAUACUAUAGCCAAACCAAUUGCAUCUAAGAAAUUAAGUAAAAGGAUUUACAAAUGUAUAAAAAAAGCAUCUAAGCAUAAAACAUAUCUCCGCAAUGGUUUAAAGGAUGUACAAAAGCAUCUUCGCAAAGGAGAAACAGGGUUGGUUAUAUUUGCAGCUGAUGUAUUUCCUAUAGAAAUUAUGUGUCACUUACCAGUAAUAUGCGAGGACAAAAAUGUUCCCUAUUGUUAUACACCUUCAAGACAAGAUAUUGGUAUAGCAAUGGGUAUAAAUCGAGGUAGCCUUAUGGUGCUCAUCAAGGAACAUCCAGAAUACAAAGAUCUAUAUACUGAAAUUAAAGAAGCAAUAAUGACACUUUCUACACCUUUAUAAUUUCAACAUAUUAACUACCUUUUAUUAUGCAUAUUU